AUGCGCACGGCGGUGAGCCCCGCCUACAGCUACAUAGAUAACGAUCUGCAACUCCAAGGCCGGAAGUUCAAUAUGGGUGCGAUCAGGGCCUCGUUCGUGUGCCUGCUCCUCCUGGAGAUCUACAAGACGGCGACGUGGGAUCCAGCCGACCUGCCUCUCCAGUACAUCCGGCUGGAGCUGGACUACGACUACAUCAUAGUGGGCGCGGGCUCAGCGGGCUGCGUCCUCGCUAGUCGCCUGAGCGAGGACCCCAACGUGACCGUCCUCCUCUUGGAGGCUGGCGGAAGAGACUCCAACCCUAACAUCCCAGUCCCGCACGCCGUCUACGACCUCCAGCGCUCGUCCGUGGACUGGGAGUACCUGACAGCUCCGCAGAAGAACUGCUGUCUGGCAAUGACUAGUCAGCGGACCUUCUGGCCCAGCGGGAAGGUGUUGGGGGGCUCCAGCGCACUGGGAGAUGCUGCCUACGUCCGCGGACACAGAGGAGACUAUGAUCGCUGGGAAGAGAUGGGUGCCACAGGAUGGAGCUACAAAGACGUGCUCCCUUACUUCAAGAAGUCUGAGAAUUACAACGAUAACAAAGGGGACACCCAAUUUCACGGGUAUGAGGGACCCCUGAACGUAGAGACUGGAUCUUACGUCCCAUUGGUUGCAGAGAGAUUCGUUCAAGCCGGUAUUGAACUUGGCUACGAGCGAGUAGACUACAACGGACGAAACCAGAUUGGAUUUUCGCUGACACAAAAGACAAUCAAGGACGGGGUGCGGCAGUCGGCAGCCCGGGCUUUCCUCCACCCAGUGAGACACCGCAAAAACCUCCACGUGGUGGUAGGGAAGACUGUGAGGAGGAUAGAGCUGGACGGAACCACCGCCCUGGGUGUCAGGAUCACCAAAACAGCAGAGUACAGAACUGGUGCUGAGAGACUGGUGAAGGCAAAACGGGAAACCAUCCUCAGUGCGGGGACUGUCAACUCAGCAAAGAUACUUCUCCUGUCGGGGAUUGGACCGAGGGACAAUGUCGGGGAUGGUUCGUACUUAUCAUCUGUAGUGGAGCUCCCAGUGGGCCAGAACUUGCAGAAUCACCCUGCAGUUAUGCUUCCAUUCAGGGUUGAUGCAGCUGUGGGCAGUGAGCUGACUCGCUCUCUGCUUGACAGGCCGUCCACUCUUGUUCGUUUGAUUGAGUACAAGGGUAGAAGGGGGAAGGGGAGAAAAAAAGAAAAGACAGGUUGA